AUAGUCUCAUAACUGUCUUCAAAUACUCCGUUUUUUUCUCUCGUUAUCUCCGUUGUCCAUUUCGUAACGCAAGUUUCACCUUUCUUUCUUCUUUCUCAAUUUCACACUACUCCACUAGCACACAGUAAAAAUCGUUUAGCGUUUAAUUACUCAAUUAAAUUUUCAAAAUACUAGAUUAAUUAAAACCAUAACAACAACAAUAGUAAUAGUGUUGCUAUUAUGGGUAUACUACAAGACGAUGUUGUGAUUAUCAGAGAACCAGAAAAACAAGAUGAAGCCACAAUCAUAACUGUUAACUGCCCCGACAAAACCGGUCUAGGUUCUGAUUUAUGUCGGAUCAUUCUCUUUUUUCAUCUCACCAUUCUUAGAGGAGAUGUUUCAACUGAUGGAAAAUGGUGCUAUAUAGUAUUUUGGGUGGUGGGAAAAGAAAAAACAAGGUGGAAUUUGUUGAAGAAGAGAUUAAUUGCUGCUUGUCCUACUUGUUCUUCUGCUUCUGGAAUUUCUUAUUAUUGUUCUGAUUUGCAGCCUCCAAAGCCUCAUGAUGUUUAUCUUUUGAAGUUUUCUUGCAAUGAUCGUAAAGGUCUUUUACAUGAUGUCACAGAAGUUCUUUGUGAGCUAGAGCUCACCAUAAAGAAAGUGAAGGUCUCUACUACACCUGACGGCAAAGUGUUGGAUCUGUUUUUCAUCACAGAUACAAGGGAACUUCUACACACACAGAAGAGAAGGGAUGGCACGAUUGAUAAGUUAACAGCCAUUUUGGAGGAUAUCUUCACUACAAUUGACAUUGAAUUAGUUGGCUCAGAAACUACCGUUUUUUCUCAAGCAUCUUCAUCUCUUCCAAAUGCAAUCACAGAUGUCUUUGAUUCGCAAAGUGGGACUUCCACAUCAGAUUCAGUUUCUAUUGUGAUGGACAAUACAUUGAGUCCAGCUCACACUCUUGUCCAAAUUAUGUGCCAAAAUCACAAAGGUCUUCUUUUUGACAUCAUGAGAACUUUGAAGGACUUCAAUAUUCAGAUAUCUUAUGGGAGAUUUUCAAAGAAAUCUAGAGGAAAAUGUGAGAUUGACUUGUUCAUCAUGCAAAUUGAUGGAAAAAAGAUAGUUGAUCCAAGCAAAAAGGAGUCUUUGUCGUCACGUCUUAAGACGGAACUACUCCGUCCACUCAAAGUAGCUGUUGUGAGCAGGGGUCCUGAUACAGAGUUGCUGGUUGCAAACCCUGUGGAAUUGGCAGGCAAAGGAAGGCCUCUUGUUUUUCAUGAUAUCACUCUUGCUCUCAAAAUGCUUGGACUUUGCAUCUUUUCGGCUGAAGUUGGAAGGCAUGUGAUCGGAGACCGCGAGUGCGAAGUUUAUAGAGUCUUGCUUGACGAAGGCGAGGGGUUAUCUUUUCCAAGGAACAAAAUUGAGAAGGGAGUUUGGAAAAUGUUGAUGGGCUGGGAGUGAUCCAUAAAUGGUUGGUGGCAUUGUUCUUUUAGAUGAACAUGUCUCCUUGUACAAUAUAGAUAACAUGGUUACUAUAUAGUUCCUAGGUUGAAUUAGAUAGAUCGAUAUAAUUGUGAUAUAUAUAUUGUGUAAAUAUUAAUCUUGUCGAUCACUAAUAUUUUUUAGAGUUUUUGUAAAUAUAAUUUGAUGUGUAUAAAGUUAAGGGAUGUAGCAACUACAACUAGCAAGUUAAUGUAACAAAAGAUAGGAGCAAGAGGGUUGGUCAUAGCAUUUUAUGUAUGAAAUGAAAUAUUGUAAAGUGGUUAUAUUAAUGAUUAAGUGGUAGGAGUAUUCACUUA